GAGUUUUCUUACUGGACAAAGAAGAGGCUAAACCCGCCCAGAAUUCCCCGUGACGUCACGAAAGGACAAAUCGAUUUACCGCGAGGUCAUUCGGCCUCUCCGAACAGCCGGCUGCAGCUUAGCGGAGUCGCCAUCUUAAGAUACUGAAAGACGUAGCUCCGCCAGUAGGCAGGACACCACCAUGUACCCGACCGCUUUGACACAGCUGGCCCGGGCUAACCCGUUCAGCGCACCCCUCUUCACUCUCCAGAAAGUGGAAGAACCCCAACAGAACCUUCAUGGACAGAGGACCCGCAGACUGGCAGCAGCCGCGACCGCAGACGAGGAUGUCAGCUGCGAGUUUGGCUCCUCAAAGUACUAUGCCCUGUGUGGUUUUGGGGGUAUCCUGAGCUGCGGCAUCACCCACACAGCCGUGGUGCCCCUCGACCUUGUCAAGUGCCGCUUGCAGGUGAGCCCAGAUAAAUACAAGAGCAUCGGUAACGGCUUUGCAGUGACAGUCAGGGAAGAUGGUGUCAGAGGCCUGGCAAAGGGCUGGGCUCCCACCUUCAUUGGAUACUCCAUGCAGGGACUGUGCAAAUUCGGUUUCUACGAGGUGUUCAAGAUCUUGUACAGUGACAUGUUGGGAGAGGAGAACACCUACCUGUGGAGGACAUCAUUAUACCUCGCUGCCUCAGCCAGUGCAGAAUUCUUCGCCGACAUUGCUCUGGCUCCCAUGGAGGCUGUCAAGGUUCGUAUCCAGACCCAGCCGGGCUACGCCAACACCCUCAGGGAGUGUGUUCCCAAGAUGUACGGAGAGGAAGGGCUCUGGGCUUUCUACAAAGGUGUUGUGCCCCUGUGGAUGAGGCAGAUCCCUUACACCAUGAUGAAGUUUGCCUGCUUCGAGCGUACUGUGGAGAUGCUUUACAAGUAUGUUGUUCCUAAGCCCCGCAGUGAGUGCAGCAAAUCCGAGCAGCUGGUGGUCACCUUUGUGGCUGGUUACAUCGCUGGUGUUUUCUGUGCCAUCGUGUCUCACCCUGCUGACUCUGUGGUGUCUGUGCUGAACAAGGAGAAGGGCAGCACUGCUGUCCAGGUCCUCAAGAGGCUGGGUCCCAAAGGUGUCUGGAAGGGACUGAUCGCCCGUAUCAUCAUGAUCGGCACUCUGACCGCCCUGCAGUGGUUCAUCUAUGACUCUGUCAAGGUCUACUUCCGCCUGCCCCGCCCCCCUCCUCCCGAGAUGCCAGAGUCCCUGAAGAAGAAGCUCGGCCUCACAGAAUAAAUCCCUCCACUGAGCCGCGGUCUCAUUCGACGCUCCUGAAACCCCAAAAACCCCACAGCACACUCAGCAGUUUUCUAUAUUUAUGUCCCCAGUCCCACUGCUCAGCACAGAGCACGGGGAUACUACUACUCAUGUAUAUUUAAAAAAAAACAAGCAGGGCGAGAAGGAUGGAACUGUCCGACACAAAAUAUUCAGUAGAAACACCGUCUGGUUUUAUUAUUUCCUGUCGUUAGAAAAUUGUUGAAAUUCUAAUAAAAAUUAAUUUCCCCGGGAAA